UUUUUUUUUUUUCUUGUGUAAUAUUUUGGGAGAAAAUGACCCUUGCCCUCUUGACUUCCGUCAUGUGUUUCCGGUUGUUUUGAUUUUCCCGCCGUACGGGCUUUCUGUCAUCCUUUCCGGGCUGUUAUAUUUCUGUUCCUAAUGUGGUUUAAUUAAUACGUUUAAUCAAUAUGAGUUCUUCAAACAGCUACAUUAGCUCUUUGGAGCCUAAUGACCGAACCAGGUAUUUUGAGAAAUUAAUGGUAAGUGUCGAAGACGCCGGCGAUAGUUCAAACCCGGAAGUGACUGGUUCGGCGGUGACUGGUGACGGUGUACGCCUACCUGACCCAUACAGUCUGACAGGUUGGAAGGAUGAUUUGAGCCUCUGGCCAGAUACGGACUAUGGGUGCAUCUACACCUACCUAAUCGAGGCUCCAGGUCCGUUUAACGGAGAAGCCAUGAAAGCCUAUAAAUCCCUGGAGGCGUACAAUCUCUUUAUAAGUGGCCAUGUGAGGGAGUGCAGGUACCACCCUAUUGGAAAAAAUGUGAAGGUCUGCUUCCUUAAGGCCAAGGUUGUGCCAGGACAGAGAGUAACAGAGACUCCUCACAACCCAUGGGUGUGUUUGACCAAAAAAGAGGGUUAUGUCAUGGCAGCUCACUGCACUUGUAUGGCAGGAUUGGGAGAGGUCUGCAGCCAUGUGGCUGCACUGCUGUUCGCAGUGGAGGCCUCCAGGUCUCUUCAGGAAAAACGGACGUCAUGCACCAGCAGAAAGGCCGUGUGGAACAAAUAUUACAAAGAUAAGGUUGAUCCACAAAGGGCUGAGGACAUGGACUUUUCGCACCCUAAACAUGGAGUCCAGAUCAAGAAGGCGCGCCGGAAGCCGCAGUGUGAUGUGCCACCACUCAGUGAAGAAGAGGCCGCUUCUGCUUUCUCACAACUGAGGAAGCUGUGUCCCACUGCCAGUGCUGUCAUUAAAGAGGAGGAGGACACAGACACAGCAUCAGAAGAUGAGUCAGAUGUCAACACAGAGACGCUUCCCCCUGUGGUAUACAGGUCUUGUCAUCCAGCCAAAGUCCCUGUUACUAGUGUUAGUGUAGACAGCAUCCUUGAGGAUGUUCGGUGCAACCCCGAGCAAAUCACAAACCUCAACAAAGCUACAGUGGGGCAGUCCAAGUUGCUCGGGUCUUUAAAUUGUAUGGCCUCUCAGUGA